AUUUCUGAACACAUCCUUAAGAAGAGUGAAAUUAAAGAAGUAAUGCUUGGAUGUGAUUGUGUGCGUUUUAUUGCAAAAACGAAGACGGGAAAAAUCAAAUAAUGUUAAAAGUCAAAAGUCUAGUUGUGUAUGUGUUGACUCACUUUCUCGAGAAUUUAAACGUUUAAAGCAUUCUUAAGAUUUCAAAUAAAUGAAUAUAUGCAACACGCGAAAUGUCAUUUCGACAACAUACACACACCUUCAUAUAUGGUCACACUGGAAAAAAUACAGAUCUGUAAGCUUUAGUUGACUCAACGGAAAGCCAUGUCAACGAAAGUAUGGUUAUGACAGAAUGUGUUCGGAGAUCCUAACCCUAAAGUAACGUGACGUUUAAUUGACCAAUCAGGAUAAAAUAAAUAAAGAUUUCUGCAAGCUGAUUGGUCAAAUAAAUGCUACUCUAUCGGCUCUAUCCCACGAGUAAGAUUUCUGAAUGUACCUACGAAAGUUGUGUCAGGUCACAUCGUCAGAUGCGACAGAUGCGAGCCAGCGAACAGAUAAGAUCAAAGCUUGAUGCUUGAUACGGGAUUGACAAGUGAACGUGGGCCGCAAAAGAGUGUGAAACAAGCAUGAACCAAACGCAGGGAAAAACUAUUGAAGAGGAUGAAAUUAAUCUCUUCAAUCCCGCUAUAUUAGAUCGAUUGUCAAUAUCGCAUGUCGUUGGAUUAUUUAUAAGACCAUUAAGAAGUACAGAUUAUGAGAAAGGUUUUUUAGUUCUUUUAUCUCAAUUGACUGAUGUUGGAAGUGUCACCAAGGAACAAUUCUUAAAUAGAUUCUACAGCAUGAAGGCUGCUGGUGGUUACUAUGUUGUAGUUAUUGAGGACACAAAUUCUGGAAAAGUAAUUGCAUGUGCAACAUUAGUUACAGAGCAGAAGUUUAUUCAUAAUUGUAGUUUGCGAGGACGUCUGGAAGAUGUAGUGGUCAAUAAUAAUUACAGAGGUAAAUCAUUGGGAAAACUAGUGGUGACAAUAAUAGUGCAAUUAGCACGCUAUUUUCACUGUUAUAAGCUAUCUUUGGAUUGCACAGACCGUCUGGUACCAUUCUAUGAGAACAUAGGUUUUAUACGAGAAACUAACAAUGCAAAUUAUCUUAAUAUGCGUUUCCAUAGUGAAAACACUACUGAACAGUCGCAUUUAUAGUAACUGAAUUGUUUUAUUGUGCCCUUAUCUGACGAUAAUGCCAAUUGACCAAUCAAAUACUUGUAGUGUAAAUAUAUAUAUAUAUAUAUAUAAUGUAAAAAAUAGCAUUAUAUCCUUAACAAGAUUUCAUAUUUGGAAGUAGGUACAUUUGUCGAAAUUAAAAUACUGCUCUCAAUUUCUUCUAAAAGGAAAAUAUCUCAUUAGUUUAUAAAAAUUAAAAAAAAGUUGUGCUUUUUGUACAAGAAAAAAUUUAUUAUACUAAUGUUUAUGUAAAUUAAAAUAUUUUAAGUUUUAUGUUGUAUCUUUUAUAUUUUAAAUUAAGAUUAGCAUUGGAGUGUUUUUUAAAAAAAAUGUGUCUUAUAUACAUAUAAAAUAUAUUGACAUAUUAUAGAUUCCAUAAGUUAUGUAAAAAGUGAAAGCAACUGUUAAAUAAAAUAAUUUUUACUUAA